CCAACAACCAGCUGGUGAGUGGUGACUAUAAUAAAGUAAUAUAAAUAUAGUAUACACAGGAGCAGCACGUACACACGACUACACACUCCCUCCACAAGUGCUCGCGUAUCACACACACAUACAAUACACACACUACAUACAUAUAAUUAAAGAUGUUUUUGCAGAGUGUAGCUUCCAGGACUGUAGGUGCCACCCCAGUGGUAUCCAAGAUCGCCGUUGCAUCUAUGGCCACAAGCACCAAGGCAAAACAGGCCAAGGCUAACAAGGCCCCCGCCGUUAAGGUCGAGAAGAAGCGUAUCGGUCGCAAUGUAGUGCUUGUUGAGGGUGUGCGAACUCCGUUCUGUGUGAGUGGCACUGAAUACAAUGACCUUAUGGCCUAUGAUUUGCUGCGAUAUGCCUUCUCCGGCUUAUUGGACCGUGUUGAUAUCAACCCGGCCGACAUUGACUACAUAACCGCGGGUACGGUAAUCCAGGAUGCCAAGACCAGCAACAUUGCGCGUGAGGCCUCUCUUAGCGCCGGUAUCCCCGAUACCGUUCCCUCGAACACCGUAACUCUGGCAUGCAUCUCUGCUAAUGUAGCCAUUCAAUCAGCCAUGCAGAUGAUUCAGCUAGGCAACGCCGAUAUAUGCAUUGCUGGAGGUUCCGAGACAAUGUCCGAUGUACCUAUCCGUCUCAGUCGACCCCUCAGAAAGACUCUUCUAGCGUCACAGAAGGCUAAAGGUCCCGCUGGCCUAUUCGGACUUGCCCGCAAGCUCAAGGGCUCAGAUAUCGGUCUUGAGCUUCCAGCUGUUGCUGAGUUCUCCACCGGAGAGAUCAUGGGACACUCUGCCGACCGUCUGUGCACAGCCUUUGGCAUCUCACGCGAGGCUCAAGAUGAGUUCGCCAUGAUGUCUCACCGUAACGCCAAGGACGCAUUCGACGCUGGUCUAUUGCGCGACAUCAUCCCUGUCAAGGUCCCGGGCAAGUCCAAGCUCGUUACCGCCGAUAACGGUGUGCGCAUUGUCCCCGCCGAGAAGAUGGCUAAGCUAAAGCCCGCCUUCGUCAAACCCCACGGAACUGUCACAGCGGGUAAUUCCUCAUUCUUGACGGAUGGUGCGUCCGCCACCAUGAUCAUGUCAGAGGAGAAGGCUCUUGCGCUGGGUCUCAAGCCCUUAGCCUACUUGCGCGAGUGCACGUUCGUUGCCCUGGACCCCAAGGAUCAGCUACUUCUCGGCCCUGCAUACGCAUCUGGUAAGGUCCUAGACAUGGCCGGCCUCAGUUUGAAUGACAUGGACGUGGUGGAGUACCACGAGGCUUUCGCGGGACAGAUUCUGUCUAACAUCACGGCUAUGGAGUCCGAUAAGUUCUGUCAGGAGCACAUGGGCCGCAAGAACAAGAUUGGAACCAUGCCUAUGGACAAGUUUAACCUUUGGGGUGGAUCCCUCUCCAUCGGUCACCCCUUCGGAGCCACUGGCGGCCGUAUUACCACCACAGCUGCCAACCGAUUAAUCCACGAGGACGGCACAUUCGCGUUACUAGCUGCUUGCGCUGCCGGAGGCCAAGGAGUGGCCCAUGUACUUGAGCGUUACCCCAACUAAAUCAGUAAAAUGAAUAUUUAUUUAACCAAGAUACGACAUAAGCUGCCGAAUGGAUACGAUGUGCCGUGCCGUAUUCACCGCAUUUAUUGACUUGGGGGGUGGGUUUUUGUCAUUUGUCGACGUCUAAUACAAACAACAAAUUUCCUGGUAGCAAAUUGAUGCAAUGGACAAUUCGCUCGUUUUUCCCUCGACGUUGUAUUCCUCGCUCACGAAUGGAUACGAUUUUGCGUGCCGUAUUCACCGUAUAUUCAAGGAUUUUGAUGCUCUUUUGAAACAACAAUAAUAAAUUGAUAUCCCCAGUAGUCGGCGAAUUACAAAUCUCCUGGUAGCAAAUGAUUCGAUGGACAAAAAGGUCUUCUUUCAGUCCAAAUUAUAUUCUCCCUUGUAUAUAUGUACCUACGAAUCGACUAUCGAUGAGAAAGGCGCACAUAUGUAUCUUUCAAAGCGAGUGUGCAUCAUUGAAAUUUAUAUAUAUCCCAAAACCCAUCGAAAUAGUAUUCACACCAGAUAUAUCCGAUGCCAGAAUCGGUAGCUAGUGACCCAUCUAAAUAGUGUUCAAAACAGACGUAUCAGAUGCCAAACUCGGUAGCUAAUGUGCUUAAUUCGCACUGUAAUAUUAGAAGCCAACAUUGAAACUUGUGAUCAUAGGCUAUUUAGACAAUG